UGAAGGUGACUUUGCAGUGAAUCACUACGUGCGGCCGCGCUUACGCCAGGGGGCUCGGUUCGGCAACUUUCGGCUUCCCUCGGGGGGUCUCGGCUCGGCUGUUUCCCCUUCGGGACAGCCUGUAAGGAAAAAAGCGCUGUUUACUAAAACAGCUGCCAACCCCGACACCGAGGUUGGCCUGGAGGUAUGACAGUGACACAAAAAGCUGCCAGCGCACUCAUAUUAUUACAACUGUAAUACAUACAGGCACGGGUACGCGUGUGCACGUGAGCUGUCACGGCAGGGGUGUGUUUCUGCAUACGUGUGCCGGCCGCUGAUGUAGACCAGUGACUGAAUCCGGCGGAAAGCAGCCGCAGGAGUCGGGGAGACGCCGAGUAACCCGGGUCUCCGCACACACCCACGGAGUGGCGCUCAGGGGCCGUUGUCUGUAUGCUCCCAGCCCCGUGUGCUUGUCUCACUUCCGUACGAGCUGCUCUCAGGGAUCAACAUGGCUCACGUCGGGAACGGAUCCGGCAGUCUGGACGAUGAGGAUCAAUUUGAAGAUGCCUUCGACAGGAUCCCUGUGGCAUCUAAGAUGGACCUAAAGACCUCUCUGGAAGAAUGUGCCAUUGCACUGAACCUCGUCCUGAACAACAAGUUUUCUGAGGCUCUGGACCUUCUCAAGCCUUGGGCCAGAGAGAGCAUGUACCACGCGCUGGGAUACAGCAGCAUUCUGGUCAUGCAGGCGGCCAUGACAUUCGAGCACAAGGACAUCCAGACGGCCAUGGGCACCAUUAAGGACGCGCUGCAGACCUGCCAGAGGUUUCGCAAACGGAACACUGUUGUGGAGUCGAUAUCCAGCCUGGUCUCCAAGCAGUCGGACUCCCUGAGGGAAGAGGAGAUGCACGCUGAGAUCUGCUACGCCGAGUGCCUGCUGCAGAAAGCCACGCUGACCUUCGUGCAGGAUGAAAACAUGAUCAGCUUCAUCAAGGGUGGGAUCAAGGUCCGGACCAGUUACCAGAUCUACAAGGAGUGCCAGCAUGUGGUGAACAUGACGCAAUAUGUCGCCAGCAACAGCGACGCCUUCCACCAGUUUGAGGGAGGCGUGAAGCUGGGGAUUGGUUCAUUUAAUUUGAUGCUGUCACUCCUUCCUGCCCGGAUCCUUCGUCUCCUGGAAUUCAUUGGCUUUUCAGGAAAUCGGGUGAGAAUCGCGCCUUCAUCAUCAUGUAGCGGGUGGACUUCUGUGGUUCAGCGACAGCCGGGUGGUGAUAGCGGGUGUGUCCGCACACAGGCCCAGCUGAAGUUCCAGCAGUGCAUUGCCUCCCAGCACGAGUGGAAGCAGAUUCACCACGUGUGUUACUGGGAGCUGAUGUGGGCCCACUGCUUCCAGCAGGAGUGGCUGCAGGCCUACCGCUACGCUGAGCUGCUCUGGAGGGAGAGCCGCUGGUCCAAGGCCAUCUACAUGUACCAGAAGGCUGCCAUCCUCAGCAUGAUGCCCGAGGAGGACGUGAAGACGACCGGCGAGAACGUGGUGGAGCUCUUCAGGCAGGUGGAGGGACUUAAGCAGCGCCUGGCCGGCAAGUCCAUCCCAACGGAGAAGUUUGCCGUGAGGAAGUCACGCCGCUACUCCUGCUCCACACCCGUGAAGUUGGUGGUGCCGGCGCUGGAAAUGAUGUAUGUGUGGAACGGCUUCACUAUCGUCGGCAAGAGAGCUGAUGUCACAGAGGGCCUGCUGAUCACGAUCGAGAAGGCAGAGGAGCAGCUCAGUAACGACCCCAGGCCCUCUGAGUACCACCCCGAUGACCAGUGCCUUGUCCAGAUGUUGAAGGGCCUCUGUCUAAAACAUCUGGGCCGUCUUCUGCAAGCGGAGCUGUGCUUCACCCAAGUCCUCUCCAUUGAGAAAAGGAUAAGAUAUGACCAUUACUUGGUGCCAUACACGCUGUAUGAGCUGGGACUGCUGUAUAAACAGCAAGGAGACGUUGCCAAGGCAAUACGUUACAUAGAGAACGCAAAGCUGAACUACAAGGACUACUCCAUGGAGUCACGCUUACACUUCCGGAUACAUGCUGCUCUCAGUAAUCUGAAGGGGUCGCCGGUCAACACCCCUUAACCAGAAUUAACCGGGGGACCUCUGUGUUUUGGGACUUAACACCCCAUGUAUUCCAGUUAGUUUCUCAAAACGUGGACACAGUAAUGAGUUAUUUUUUUUGUUGUAAUUUUUCUGAGAAUAAAGGUAAGUUAUACAUAAUGCAAAUGAUGUUUAGAAUAGAUGAGUAUUCAACAUGCAUGUACUGUUUUUGCCACAGAACAUGCAUCAUACAUUAGCCUUGCUUAUUUACCCUAUGACGAUAAGAAACCUUUAUGUGGAGUACGGAAAGAAAGAUGGAGAAUCAAAGUGGCAGCUAGAAGCUGUGCUGAGUGAGCUAGCACACAUAUACUAUAAUACAGUGUGCAGGCUCACAGUGGGGCAUUUGGCACUACUGGUCUUUAUUCGCUGACCAGUUUCAAAGACUGCGUUUGUUUAUUGGUCCAAAGAGAAGGUGCCCAAUUCUGGUUGGUCUUUACUCCUCACGCAGCGUGCCGAUUGGUACUUGAUGAGGGAAUUCCUCUGUGGGGUUCAGCCCACAGGUGGAGGCUUCAGAGCAGAACCUGGAGGUAGUGUGUGAUUCUGGUGGCGUCUGUGAGCGUGUGCGUAGAGAACCUGCAGAAACCUGCCAAUGAGGCCGGUACUUAACUCUCCUCCAGAAAACCAAAGAACAGCUGCAUCAAACACAAAGCUUAUCUAGUCUGUUUAGUGUGAGUCACAUUGAACUUUUGGAAUAUAGAAAUAUAGUAUAAUAUAAUAUAUAAUGGUUAUUAUUCUACCUGCUUCUUUGUUUCACAGUCCAAACACAUGCAUUGCUGUAGACUUUGUGUACACAAAACAUGAACAUGAGUUCAUUUAAAAUCGCAAAACCUCGGGCUUCAUGCCUUCAUUUACUUGAGCUAGUUAUGUCCUGUCCCAUCUCUCUAACUUGUAUAUUCUAUUUUAUGAGAACAGCAGACUUAGCUAGAUGCUAAACCUGAGUGUGACGUUCAUAGCAGGCUACAUGAAUGUAAUUUGUACUGUAUAAAUGUGUUUCUCACUGUGUGUGGAACAUAUGUUUUUAAUUAUCGGUGUAUAUUUUGAGAAUAUUUCGGAAGAACAUUAGAAUACAGAGUUUCCAGAUCUGACGGAUGUUUAUGUAUUCUCCGAAUUGUCCUAGAGUGGGUCUCGCCAUCUUGUAAAUUCCACUUCUGGGGGUAGUAGCACAUAUUUAUAAAUGUUCAGUGAGUUCAGUUGUUUCUCAUCAUUUAGGAAUUUGUUUCCUGAAAUGUUGGUCACAUGGUGUUUGUCAUCUGGGCAGAUGUAAAUGUAAAAAAUUCUAUUAAAAAUACAUAUACUGUCUGGACAAAACAUGAAAUUUCUUGAAAAAAAUAUCUAAACCUAAAAGGGAGAAAUGAACUAUUGACAAUUGUAAUAGUAUUUGAAAUUGUGUAUACCAUAAUUGUAAGCCAUAAAUCGCUGCCUGUUUGCAUCAUUAGAAAUUUUGUAAAUGUUCAUUAUAUAAAUGGUUGAUUGUACUCUAUAUUCCCUUUAAAGUAAGUGCAGAUGGUGUAACGCUCACUUCAGAUCUUCUGUGGGUGUAGUAGGACGUCAAGGCCCUGAUACAAGCCUCCACAGAGCAGUCUGUCUUCAGAUGAAGUUUGCCACGUGUUCAUAUAGCCGUAGACGGGCUGAGGAAGGCUUUUGUCAGGAGAGGUCAGGGCAGCUGGAUGUCGGUGCCUUUUUGGGGCAGCUGUUCACUCAUUGUCUAUUUUCAUUAGUUUUGGUAAAAAAUGAGCACAAUUCUGAGUGUCUAUUGCGGUUCUGCUUAUGCUCAGUGGGAGAUCUGUGUGUGCAUCCCAAAAUGACAUGACCUUUACUGCACUAACAGUGUAACUUUCUGAAAUGUCAUCAUGAUGCACAUAUGAAUUUAUAUCGCUUACAUCAGUUUAUAGUGUUUCAUUUUUAAUUAAACAGUAUGGUACACAGAAAUGGUGUCAGAUAGAUACUGUACUUUUAAGCUGAAAUGGGGAUGGUUCAUUCCUGUAAAUGUGGGACUGCACUUUGUAGGAUUGUUAACCAAAGACUGACUUUCAGGCAUAGCAAUGGAAAGAUGCUGAUUCUGAAAACUGAUUUUGACAAUCACUUCAUUACACCUGCCACACCAAGAUUCCUCUCACUUUGAUUAUUGUGUCUUUGGUUCACCUGUCUACCUUUGUCAUGCCAGCAGAUAUUAACCUCUCGUUAAGGUCUUGAGAGACUGAUCCAGUCCCAAAAAUCAGUGCCUGGUGUCUGAAUCGCACAUUGAUGUGUAAAAGUCCUCAGUUGUCUGUCUGUCUCACCUGCUGUGCAGUGUAACACCUUCAGGGUACCAAACGGUUAAUAAAGCCAUGGGUUUGAGUAACUAUACUCAAGGUCUCCA